AUGGAACCAGCUAGUUUCGCUCUCACGAUAGUCUCCCUUUACUCCACAUGUAGAGACUGUUAUAUCUACUUCUCGGAUGUGCGGAAUGCCCCCAGGAGUGCCAUCGCUCUCCUGCGAGAGGUGGGGAUCCAAGAGGCGAUCCUCAAGUCAUGGGGCGCAUACUGGGAAAUCUCUCGCCAUGCCUCGAUAAUCUUCCCCUCGAGCAAAAGCAACCAGAGUAAAGAGCCCGACCAGACGCGGAAUGGAAAACUCACCGAAUACUUGGCCCGGAACCCGUUCAAGGCACAGGGGCUCGCAGACGCGCUCGUCUUGAUUGCCGAAGCGCUGUCGAACCGAGAGCGGCUGGAGAAAGAGUAUGGGAUCCGACUGGAGACCGGCUCGCGCGAACAACCUGGCAACCUUGCUCUUGGAGAUGUACCCAACACAGCAAUGACCACGAUCCUUGCUCCCUCAGGGGACGAGGUGUUAUCGAGAAUGAAGGCGCAAGAGAGAGCCCUCCGUUCGCGGCUGGGAGUCUUCAAGCGAUGCAAGUGGGCUUUCAAUGGUCGCGAAAAGUACCAUAACCUCAUUGGCGAUCUCAAAAAGUACAACGAUUCCCUGUACAUGUUAUGUCCCGAUGGAGCGUUUGAAACGAUGCAGCUUAAUCUCGUGGUGCAGUAUCUCACCACGCACAGCAGCGCGGCAGGCCUCAGAAAGCUGGAGGCCCCUGCAUGGGUCGCGGAAAAGGCUGGCGGGUUUAGUCCUUCGCAGCAGGGCCUUCCGCUUCUUCACGACAUUGCGGAGCUGAAAAUUCUCAAAUUGCACAGCUCAGAGACCCUCUCUAAGCGAGAGGAGCAGAGUUUGCUCACUAUCAGACAGCAAGAGUUACAUAUCGGCAAGGGCUCCGUACGCAAUCUCGCAGUUUGCACUAGAAAGACCGAGGGGAGAAGGAGGAGACCCGAAGCAGUCUAUAUCGAGCGAAAGUCAUUCCGCAACGCCGAAGGGAAGCCGGACUCUACCAUGCGGGAGAGCAUUCUGAAGCUGGGACGGUUACUCCAGAGUCCCGUCUGUGCCAAAAGGCUGCUCUGUCUCCGCUGCAUCGGCCUCGCCGAGCUGGAAUCUGACGAGAUUGGCAUUGUCUUUGAAUUGCCGGGCAAUCUUGGCCCUUCCAUCCUCCGAUUCCCGGCCAUGGACCUGGCUGCCCAAAAGGCAGUGCCUCUGCUUUUGGCGCGAAAGCUACCGGGGCUGGAAUGGCGGUUUGAUCUGGCACGUAAACUGGCUCGCAGUAUUGCCUUUUUACACGCCAGCGGCUGGCUGCAUAAAAAUAUCCGAUCCAGCGCGCUGUUGCUGUUUCCUACAAAGGAUGCGGAUGGCAUUGGAACUGCCGCAGCGGACUUGGACUACGACAACCCUAUUUUACUGGGCUAUGAGUACUCCAGGCCUGAUGAGGAGAGUGGGCGGGUAAAGUCUGCACCGCAUAUUCUCCGGCCAAAUGACGAUGAAGAGGAAAUGGAAAAUGAACUUCAUGGCGCCACGUUUAUCGAGCCGGGCGACGUGCCAGAUGUGCGAACCCCCCAUUUCAAGAACCACUUGCCAGCCAGUGACAGCGACUCGACAGAUGAAGACAUCGAUAGGCUGCGGAUGAGAUCAAACAGAGUUCAUCAGAUCAAUCCAACGCUGCACCACAUCCCCGCGAAGCGUGCCAAUCGAGACCUUCGGUAUACACACGCCUGCGAUGUUUACUCCCUUGGGAUCCUCCUUCUCGAAAUAGGCCUGUGGACGCGCAUCGAAACCCUGGAAAUUCCCGACGAAGAUCCCUACUCUGCCAGGCGGGCUAUCCUGGCCGACCAUGUUUCGUACCUCGCCUUCCAAUGUGGGUCAGUUUAUGCAGAUGCAGUGAGGGAGUGUAUUAGCUUGGAUCCAGGCGAGUCUGAGGCGGAGCUCGAAGCGCAAGCGGACUUGUGUGCGAGGAUUGUUGCGAAACUAGCCGAGUGCCGGGUAUGAACUUGUUCAAGGCUGGAAUAUUGAGAGAUUGCCACGCAGGGUUCGCGGACCACGUUUUGCAGGUGAGAGGAUGGCUGUAGGGGUCCAGGUUUGAUAAUCCAACCAUCAAUAGAGAAACGUCUCUAUUUGGCCAGCCCCUGAUGUGGCCAGUAUCAACGUCCCGGCUGAAUAGAAGUCCUAAUAUUAGAUACUUAUAACGCACGACUAUGUCUAUAUACUUUAAGUAAAUGCACCUAUUAUAAUAAGG